AUGCAGCAUCCCGCGUCGUUAAGGGUUCUAUUUCAAGGGAUCGUUUUCAUAGCAAUCACUUACGGUUGUUACACUUCGGGACUAGAAUGUGGACAGCGAAAGGUGAACCAUGUGAAUCUAAUACUAGGAGGUCAAAGGGCAUCAUCCGGCAAAUGGCCAUGGCAUGUUACCAUCACGCAUCGGACGCAGAAUGAGUUUAAGAUCGUUUGCGGAGGAUCAAUCGUUGAUAAGUAUACCAUUCUCACGGCGGCACACUGUCUAUACACGAAGCACGGUGUGAUCUCGAAGGAACGGUUGGUAGUGCACGUAGGACGAUCGGAGUUAUUCGUCAUCGAGCAGCACACCAGAACUUACGUUCCGGAUAAGUUUUUGAUAUAUCCUGGCUACAGACUGACCAGCGUAGAGGACGAUAUUGCUCUGAUCAGACUGGGUAACGAGAUAGCGAUGAGUGAUUACGUUCAACCGGUGUGUGUUUGUCCAGAGGAAGACUAUACCGAACUAGUGGGCCGUAAAGGAACAGUGAUGGGUUUCGGGUUGAAAGAUAACAAUUCGAUAUCAGAUUAUUUAACGGAGGCUGAAGUAGCUGUCGUGAAUCGGUGGGAUUGUUUAGCAAGUAAUAGAAUUGUGUUCGGUAUGACACUGACGCGAAAGAUGCUGUGCGCCGGUGAACGCAAUGGAGUAGGUCCUUGCAACGGGGACAGUGGAGGUGGAUUUGUUUUUGAUACCGGCGACGGAUGGUGUGUGCGAGGAGUAGUUUCAUUUGCACCAAACGUGUAUGGUACUGCAACGUGUGACCCACAAGAGUAUGUUGCGUACACGGAUGUGGUUAAAUACAUCGAAUGGUUGCGGAAUAAUACGAAUGCAAUGUACUAUUCGAAUGUGCGGCUUUUUCGUGUCAACGCAACACAGCGGCAACCAGUUCCAGUGACGUUGCAAAUGUACUACCCGCAGGGACGUGAACUGUUGCCAAAUAGUAACUUCAUGAUUAACUGUACCGUAGACGGAUAUCCGAGACCCGAAGUGAAUUGGUUCAAGGAUGACCAGAUGCUAGUGCCUACCGAUCGCAUACAAAUUACCGACACGAACCUGCUGCUUGUGUUCGGAGCAAUACCGGCCGACAGUGGUCGGUACAAGUGCCGCGCGUGGAACGAAAAGACGGAAGCAUCACAGGAGGGAAGUAUACGCAUCGAAGGUAUGAUAACCAGUUUGAAGUAA